AAACAGCCAACAAACCAAGUUAGUGGACGGAAAAGCAGGAUCAGGAGCCAACAUGAUCAUAAAAUGGGGUUUGCGGAGUUUAGGGAAGUCAUUCAUUUGGUGAUUGGGUCAGAUGCAGAGGAUGAGUGGGUCAAGCGCUUCUUUGAUGAGGUGGAUAUAAGCUGCACGGGACAGGUGAGCUGGCAGCAGCUGUGCUCCUACCUCCUGUUGGAGUACAGAGAGAGGUCCAGGGCCUCUGUCCCCGCCGCAGCUCUGCAGGACGCACAGCAGGACGCACAGCAUGUGUACAGACACUGCCCCCACAACCAGAGGGAGCCAACAGUCCGUGUAGUAGCUGUUUUCCAUCCCCCUCCACUGCGUUACAUUAGUGUCAGUAAAGGUGGCCACGUCACUGUUUGGAACAAACACCUCAACAUCACUAAAACUCUAAAGCUUGCUGGAGAUCCAUCAGAGGAAGUUGCUCAUACUAAAAGAUUCCAAGGAUGGGUCACUGAUGCUGUGUACAUGAGGAAUGCACAUAAAGUGGCCAUUUCAACAGACUGCAGGGACAUCCACUUCAUCAAUAUCUCCACAACUAGUGCAUUUGAGGACUUCCAUCUGUAUGGGUUUCCAUGUGUCCCCACUGCUAUUUGCUACUGGUAUGAUGUCCAGUAUCCAUUUGAACCAUCAAAACUGCUUAUAGGCAAUGAAAAGGGAGGGAUUCAUGUGUUGCAGUUUCUAAACCCAACCAAAUGCCUUUUCAAGAACAUGAUCAAGAAAGAGAAGAGGCUUCAACGGGUCUAUCUUCAGCACCUUAGUGACCAUGAGAGCGCUGUGUCAUAUCGCUAUAUCCCGAGCGUGCACCACAACCCAAUCACCAGGAUCAUGUUUGAAAUGUGUACCGGUGUGAUCAUGACUUCUUCAGAGAGUUCUGCUACCUCUGUGGUUUGCAUCAGUAUGUCAGAAAAGCUAAAUCCAUACAUUUGGAAAAUCAGGGAGGGAGUAAAAUGUUUUGACCACAAUGUGCCUCUGCAGCUGAUUGUGACUGGAGGCAGUGACUGUGCAGUGCGGCUGUGGGCUCGAUAUGUGACCACACGUCCUCUGGCCACACUGCUGGGUCACCAUGCUGCAGUUAUUGAUGUUGCAAUCUACCAACCUGUGGAGCAGAUUUUCAGCUACUCCAGAGAUGCAGAGCUGAGGAUCUGGGACAUCACCACACAUGGAUGUCUUAAAACUGUCAGAUUGCAUUUCCCCUGUCUGCAAGCUGCCCAAAUCCCUGAACAUGGCAAUUUUCCUUUCCUGCUUCUAAGCCAACCUCUUCCCGAUGAAAUGUCGCCUCAUUUACUGGUGGGAUGCAAGGACUACCUGGCACUGCUCAGUCUCUCAGAUAGACAAGGGUUAGGGCAAGGAGGGCGGCUGACUGAUCAAUUAGCAGACGGCAGGCCAAAGGUACCCCUGUCCUGUGCAUUAUACAACCCCACUCUGCAGCAGGUGGUGACUGGGUCCAUGGACUCAACAGUCUGUGUGUGGGACCUGGAGACUGGGAGGAAGGCACUACACAUCUCCAGUUCUCACGGAGAGGAGGAGCUGAGCUGCAUGGCAUUAGAUACAUCACAAAGAAGGCUCAUUACUGGGGCGCAUAAUGGGACUAUUAAGGUGUGGAACCUACUGAAUGGACUGAACCUGCACAAACUCGAGCCUCUCAACUCCGUGGUCACUGGGCUGUUGUGUCUUCAUGGUGAUCACUUAUUUGCUGUUGGUUGGAGUCAGUGUAUUGUAGAAUAUGACCUAGUAUCCUCUAAGGAUUUGCAUGUGAAAGGCAGCAGGGCCUGGAAGUCGAGUAGACUCCACAAAUCGGACAUCCGUGCUCUGACACAUUGUCCUGCUUUGGGCAUCACUGCUAUAGCAACACGAAAAAGAGGGGUCAUUGUCUGGAAGCUGGAAACACAAAAGCCAGUUCUCAGUUUAUCCAAAGAGACAUCCUCAGGAAAUGUGCCACCAGUAGAUUGCCUCAUAUUCCUCCAGCACCGAGCGGGAAACAGACAUUUAAGAAAUAAAGGAGUCUUGGUGUCAUCACAGGCUGGUGCUGUCUGCUUCUGGAGCAUCACUGGACAAACACACUCUUAUGGUCAUUUCUUUGCUCCAGAUAAGUCAGAUGACUGUGUUCUCACCCUGAGCUCCAACCAGUCUGAAAACACUGUACUUGUCUCUGGGGACACAGCCGGCCGGCUUCACAUCUGGGACAUCUCUCACUAUGGACUUGAUAUUCCAGACCAGACCCUCAGCGAGGGCCCUCCUUUGCUGCACUGCUGGAGGGCACAUACAGGAGCAGUGAUGGCUGUGGAAGUCCUAAAGAUGGCCGACACACUGUUUAUCCUGUCUGCUUCAGCUGAUGGGUCGGCUGGACUCUGGACACAAGAUGGAGACCAUGCGGGAUCUUUUGGACAGGAAGUGCUGUGGAACCUCACUGAUGCUUGCUCCUUUCAGGCUAAAAGGGACACACAGAGCAGUCUGAACGGAGAGCGCUGUGACCAGCUCCAAAGCCCUGACCCUGGGGACAGCGGUCAAACUUCACAGGGAAAGCUCUCUGCUGAAGAUUGCCCAUGUGGCGAAUUUGAGAAAGAACAUCAAGGGCCUCACACAGCCAUGUACAAACCUCCUCAGAGUAACUCGUCCUUGGCUGAACCAAGAAGGAAACUGAGCUAUCUGUCAAAUGCAGAUAUGUACCACACAAUCAAGAGCAUGACAUUUUAG